AUGGCCGGCCCCAUCCGUCACCCCAUCGACCUCCGCUCCCUCGAGUCCUACCUCAACACCCACGCACCCCACAUCAAGACCCCCCUCAGUGCACAGCAGUUCGGCUACGGCCAGUCAAACCCAACAUACCUCCUCACCUCCACGCCCACCGGCGCCCAAUACGUGCUCCGCAAGAAGCCGCCCGGCCAGCUCCUCAGCAAGACGGCACACCAGGUCGAGCGCGAGUACAAGGUGCUGAAGGCGCUCUCAACGGCGGGCGGCGAUGUCCCAGCGCCAAAAGUGUACUGUCUGUGCGAGGACGCGGGGGUGCUGGGGAGUGCUUUCUACAUAAUGGAGUACCUCAACGGGCGGAUCUUCGAUGACCCGUCGCUGCCCGGCGUAGCCACAGAGGCAAGGGCAGCAAUGUGGAAGAGCGCAAUCACGACACUGGCGAAGCUACACGCGGUCGACCCCGCAGCGAAUGAGGGGCUGCGCAGCUUUGGGCGGCCGAAUGGGUUCUAUGGGAGGCAGAUCAAGACGCUGUCGACCAUUGAGGCGGCGCAGGCGGCGACGAGGGAUGUCAAGACGGGGAAGGAGGUGGGGAAGGUGCCGAGGUUUGAGGAGAUGAUGAAGUUCUUUAGCACAACGCAGCCGAAAGACCGGAGUGCUGUGAUCCAUGGAGAUUACAAGAUUGAUAAUCUCGUCUUCCACCCGACAGAGCCCUAUGUGAUCGGUAUCCUCGACUGGGAGCUCUCAACAAUCGGACACCCACUCAGCGACCUCGCAAACCUUCUCCUCCCCUGGCAGCUCCUCCUCCCCACCGCCGCAGGCGUCAGCGUCAUGAACGGCGACAUCCGCUGCUUCCUCCCCGACGCCACCCCCGGGCUGCCGACGCGCGAAGAGGCAAUCUCCUGGUACGCGGAGGCCUCGGGAUGGAAAGUCAAGCGGAGCGAGAUGCUGUGGGGCGACGCAUUCGGCUUCGUCAGGAACGCUAUUAUCAUGCAGGGGAUUGGGGCGCGGGUUGCGAGGGGGCAGGCGAGCAGUGCGAAGGCGGAGGGGUAUGGCAGUAGGGUGCCGGCGUUUGCGGCGUGCGCUUGGAGGUGUAUUGAGAUGAGUGAAGAGGAGAGAGUGAAGGAGGAGAGGGCGGGGGCGAAACUGUAG